UUCCACUACUCGAAGUGGCAUAAUUUUGAAGGAGGGGUAAAGACAACGCCCCUGGCCAGAGAAGCUAUAAGAGGAGCAAGGCCCUCUUACGAUUUUUUUCCUUUUAUCUUUCAUUAUGGCUGCAAAUACGGCGGUGACAGUGCCUGUUGCGACCGAUCCUACGGCUGUCUUGGAUCCUACACAGCAACAAACCCCGCCACAACCGGGUGAUCAAAUCGAAGAGGAUGAGGAAUACUACGAUGAUAUUUUCGCAGAUGAGGACCUUGAUGAAGACGAAUUCAUGUCCUCCAAUCCUGCGGACCUUACAAAAUCAUACAACAGACAACGUCGGCUAAAAGAAGUCUCUGCGGACCCAAAUGCCCCUAGAUCAAAAUAUCCCAAAAGCAACCCUCAGAAACCCACGAUUAAUACGCAGGCGAAUGUCGACGACCAGAUUUCUUCACUCUCGCGACAUGCGUCAAAAUUACGCCUUGAUGACCUCCAGUCAGGUCUGGGAGGGAAGGGCGAUAGAGGGGUAGAUAAAAGCGACCGGGCAACAUCAGAGCAGGUGUUAGAUCCUAGAACGCGCAUGAUUUUACUGCAGAUGAUAAACAGAAAUGUAGUGUCUGAGGUAAACGGUUGUCUUUCUACAGGCAAAGAGGCAAAUGUUUACCACGCCGUAUCUUGCCUAGAAGAUGAUGGCGAACCACUCCAACGAGCUAUCAAGGUCUAUAAAACUAGUAUAUUAGUUUUCAAGGACAGGGACAAGUACGUCAGUGGAGAGUUUAGGUUCAGACAAGGCUAUAAUAAGUCCAACAACCGGUCAAUGGUCAAAGUAUGGGCGGAAAAGGAGAUGCGAAAUCUCAAGCGUCUUUACUCCGCAGGAAUACCAUGUCCUGAACCUCUCUUUCUCCGACUUCACGUUUUAGUCAUGGGUUUUCUUGGAAACUCUAAGGGGUUUGCAGCCCCACGAUUAAAGGACGUGGAUCUUACCGGGCCAGACCCUGAGGAACAGUGGAAAACCCUUUACAUCGAACUGCUCGGGCAUAUGCGCACGAUGUACCAGGAAUGUCGAUUAGUGCACGCAGAUCUAAGCGAGUACAACAUCCUCUACCAUAAAAGUAAACUCUACAUCAUCGACGUCAGCCAGAGCGUGGAGCAUGACCACCCACGCAGCUUGGAGUUCCUCCGUAUGGACAUCAAGAACGUCACGGACUUCUUCAGACGGAAGGGAGUACACACCCUCUCAGAGAGGACUAUAUUCGAAUUUAUCACGGCUCAUGAUGGGCCAAAAGCUACCCCUAGCUCCAACUAUAUGUCAGAGGCAUUGGAGAAGUUAUUUGCCACUCGAGAGCAAAUGGAGGACGAGGGCGGUGCCGAUGCUGAUACCAACGCACAAGAUGAAGUCGACGCAGCCGUUUUCCGCCAACAAUAUAUGCCCCAGACGCUCGAGCAGGUAUAUGAUGUGGAGCGUGACGUGGAGAUACUACGGAAGGGGCAGGGCCAGGACCUAGUAUAUCGUGAACUGCUAGCAGACAAAGGCGACGCCACCUCCCGGGUUCCGGUGAAUGGCAAUGCGGAAGAGGAAGGAUCGGACGAAUCUGGAGGAGUUUCUAUAUCAAAUGAAGGGUCCGAGUCGGGCUCUCAAGUUGAAGACAAGGAUCUAUUUGCCAAGAAGCCUCCUAGAGGAAAGCGGUUUGAGGACAAGGAGGCGAAGAGGGACCAUAAACGGCUUGUGAAGGAGGAGAAGCGCGAGCAGCGAACGAAGAAGAUUCCGAAACACAUUAAAAAGAAACUUGUCAAUGGGUCAAAGAAGAAGUAGGGCUAUGUGAUUUUUUUUCCCCUACCACCAUUUAAGGAUUGGUUUGAAUUGCUUCGAUUGGGUACGUAACGGAUUUUGCAUGGUUAUUAAUGACAUUAGCAUGAAUAUGAUGCAUUAGAUGAUAGAGGAUUUUUAAUUACAAUAAACUCCUUUUCACUCCGGCAGCGUAAUCGACCAAUUGGGAAUGGAGGAAGUAUACCUCUAGCGCUAAUUUGCCUCCAAAUAGCUUUUAUAGGCAUAAGAACACGCAAGGAAUUUUAGGCAGCCCCUGGUUCAGGGGGUAGUAACUGUCUCCCAAUUUUUAAAUUUCCGAAGGAUUCACUGCAUUUCUCCAAUACUAACAUACAAAACCGUAAUAACCCAUCAGAGCUCUCUUUGAUCCUCAUUCCUCUCAUAAAAAAAAUACCCCGAUUCUCC